CACACGUCAUAGUUCAAAAGAAAACAAAAUGGCUGACUCCACAGUGAAUGAUGCUGCCGAUGGCAGUCUUGUAAUGAGAAUAUUUUCAGAACUGUUCGGAAGCCCUUUGAAUUUGGCUCUCCUAGGAGUUUGUGGUUUCCUUAUUUACAAAAUUAUUGCAAGUAGGAGGUCAACAGACACCCUCCCGCCUAAAGAACCCGAACUACCGCCACUGAAAAAGCAAGACUUCACCCUCGAACAGUUGAGAGAAUUCGACGGGAAGGGUAACGAUGGACGUGUUCUCAUUGCAGUUAAUGGCAAAGUGUUUGAUGUCACCAAGGGAAAGCGUUUCUAUGGACCUGGUGGACCUUACGGCUUGUUUGCCGGCCAUGAUGCUUCGAGAGCCUUAGCCACCUUCUCACUGGGUGAGGACGCUCUGAAGAAUGAGUAUGAUGACCUCAGUGACUUGAACAGCCUUCAGAUGGAAAGUGUCAGGGAAUGGGAGAUGCAGUUUCAAGAGAAGUACGUGUAUGUUGGGAAACUGUUGAAGCCUGGAGAACAGCCCACAGAGUACAGUGACACAGAAGACGAAGAGAAAACAGAGACUGAUAAGAAAGCAGACUGAGGAUUCCACAUUGGUUAUUAUAUCAAGAUUUUCAUGUUGUUAGCCUUUCAGAUUGAAUGGAGCUGUGUGUCGAAUAACAAGAGUACUUGAUUUCAUCUGAUGAGAGUGUUUGUGUGUGUUUGAGCGAAUCUCUUGCCUUUGAUGGUCUCCAUCAGACCUUUCAUGUAGAUAAUAUGCUUUCUGUUUUCCCCUUCAAAAGUGUUACUCAGUAUGGGAUGAAUUGGCAGACAUAAGGUCCUGAGUUAGAUACCUUUUCUAUACUAUUUUCGUUUUGAGAGGACGAUUUUCAAUACUUUUUUUUUUUAUACAAGCCAUAAAAUUAACUUCCAUUUGAAUAAUAUGUCUGCUUUUCUAUUUGUUCUUUGUGGAAUAGAUGACAUGUCUAAAUGUUCAAUACCCAGUUAGGCUGAAACAAAACUAUUGCUCAAAUAAAAGAAAAGAAUAUGAUAAUAGACAAGCAACCUGUAUUUUUCAUGCAGCCGCAUUGUACUUCUCCUUGAUUUCACAGAGUAUAAUGAGAUUUUUUGUGCUGGCGAGUUUGGGUUUUGUGAAGAUGUUUCCUUUGGUUUUGUGCUAUUAGCAUAUGUGACUUCAGUGAAGUCUGUUCUUGUCUAAUGUGUUCCAAUGAGUGCCGCACGUAGGGACAAAAAGUUUUACUUUCCACUUGCUUUUGUAGUGUAACAGCUCAACUCUUUGCUGUUGCACAAAGAAGAGUUUGAUUUGCUAAUGGGGAGUUUAAAAAAAGUUAUCGAGUAUCUCCGUAUACUGGGAUGCUGUAUCCCACUUCUUGAUUAUAGGUCCCAACAGGCAGAGUCAUGAGCAGCCUGCCUCUUAAAUGUCUAAGAGGACAUGAAACAUUUACAAUUACAGUACAAAAUACUCCUUUCCCUAGUUGCAGAACAAAGUUUUGGCAGUUUGUGUUAAUUUAAGCCAUUGAUUUGCUUUUAUAUAUAACAUGUGUAUCCUCUGAGAAAUUUUUCGUUACAUUGUUCACAGAACUGUUUAAACUAUUGUGCUUGAAGUACAUGUCAUUGGUGGUUGCGACUUAUUGCUUGCCUAUGAACUGCCUUUUCACCCCCUGGGUAAAUCUCAAUACUUCUUUUUUUUUUUUGAAUGGUAAAAAGUUCAUGGUUCAAAGUCAAAGUAGCUAAAGAGAAACAUGACCCAACAGGACAAGUUUCCUUUUUCUAUAAAUAGGACGGCAAAGUGUUUCAGAAUAACUAGAAUCUUUUUUCAAAAAACUUUAUGCAGCUUAUUGUUUUGUAUGGCUUUGUGUUCCCUCAGAUUUCAUUUUGUUAUUCCAUAAGUGUUUUAUAUUUAUCAGAAAUAGGCAUUUGUUCAAGGAUGUGCAUGAGUAUCAUGUGUUGGCAAUGUUAAUCGACUAUGUUUGAAAGUGGUCUCCUUUAUUGCCGAUUUACAGAGCUGAAAUUUUCAUCGGAGUGCUUCCUGUUGUGGCAAGUCAUGAAGUCUUAUAUAUAUAUGAGUACCUACCAUGAAAAGAUAUUUUGAAUACUUGUUAUUAUGAUAAAUUCCUGAUUGCAUUUUUUUUUUCAAAAUGCUGUUAUUUUCUGUACAUCGGUAUAUAUUUCCUUCUGUGCAGAGAAUGUACAUGUCAGAGUAUUUCUCUUUAUUGUUCUUUAUUUAUUUGUAUAAAGCGCUCACAGAAUGUAUGUUGGGAUAAGAGUCUUUGUUUUUGUUCUAUAAAUUUGCAUACUUUUAUAGAACUUUAGAAAAAGACAAUAUAGCUGAGACAAAUCAUUUCUUUUUAUUUUGUUUUACAAAUUUGCAUCCCUUUAUGGAAUUUUAGAAAUUGCAAAUAUAUAAUAGUGCAGUUAAUCUUGCUGCUGCUGCGGAGUCCUUUCUUCUUUCCCCACUUUUAGAAAUUAGUAUGUGCUAAUUGAGCUUGUUAUAGAUUGUUACAAUACCCUCCAAUAAAUAUCUCCACACAGUAGCCUACCCGGCCAUCAUGUCCACCCCAGGAAGGUCUGCUGUCUUGCUUCUGAUUAGUCUUGUCUCAAACAGGGCUGCAUAAUACAAAUUUAUAAUACAGUAAUACAGGUGAAUGUCUUUGUCCUUUCCUCCACAGGAUUCUCAAUUACGCAGUUUCCCCUGUACGUAGAUGAUGUAUUAUUUCUAAUACUUGUUUCACGUGCUUUGUCGGAUUGUGCCUCAAGAGUCAUUCCUGCCUCCUCUGGGUUUUUUUUAAACAUUACUUGAUAGUGGGGAUUUUUCCGGAGCAAUUCUUUUAAAUAGUCAAGGGGGGGGGCUGCUUUUUUUUCCCGAAAAGGAAAAAAUGUGAAAUUGAGAAUAGGGUCUCUUGUGAAUCAAUAACAUUAUUUAAUGGAAAAAUUUGUAGGGAAUACUGGGACCUCAGUUUCCGGGCGGGGAAAUAUUUAUCUGGUGUCUUCGUUUGUCUACUGGGGUUUGUAUCCGACUCAACCUGAGCUGGCCCUGACAGCCAUAGUUGCAAGUAGCCUGCAUCCUAAAUGAUCUAAAUUGUGUUGAUAGGGAUUAAAAAAUUAAUAGUUACAAGUGCUACUACUAAUUUGUCAUAUCUCUAUAUCUCAUGUGCGCUAUAUGAUUAUCAGUGCAUGACCUGUGCAACUCUUUUUAUAUUUUUGAGGCCAUGCAUUUUUUCAGAAUCAAGCUGCGUCGCUGCUGAGACACAGCACAGACUUUUGGUGUACUGUACCAAGCUUGUACAAAAGUUUCCCUGUAUCUUAACAUAUAUAUUUAUGAUAAUGAUGAUAUGAUGUACCUUCGGAUGCAAAGUUCAUGUAGGCCAUAUACAUCCGUUUAAGGUUGAAUUUCAUUGCAAAUUGUAGUGGCAUACUUACAGAAAUACUGCUCCUGCUGAGAUGUGUUUAAAAUUCUGGCACUUGGUAAUAUAUAUUGAGGAUGGAAAGUAUGCUACUUGAAAUCAUGAUUCAUCAAAAUUCACACCUGUGCUUUUGGUUAUUGACAAGGUAGUUGUAGUGCUUUGCAUGGUUUGCUAUUUCUAGUAAUAAUACAGUACCCAGCUUUUUUCUGAAACCAGGAGGCAUUAGAUUACAGUUACAGUGUUCAUUGUGCUUUUGUCAUGGGAGAUGUAACAUGUGUAUCAAGGAAAUGAUGCCCAUUGGUCAAAGGGAUGCGUUCUUAAUGGAUCAGAUCGGGUUGAGAAAUGGCAUUGGCCAGUGCUGAUAUAACUCAGUAUGUCAGUUAGACCUCUGCUUUUCUUACUCGUAUUGGACCUAGGUGUCUAUUAGGACAUAUUGCAUUCCUUCCAUACAAAAGGUUUGAUCCACAAUGUCAUGUGAUGUGUAGUAGCGUGCUGAUCGGCUGUUGGCUACGAUUUUCAUUGAAUAGACCCGACUGUGACUUACAAAAUCAAACUGUCAAAUUGUGCAGUAAUGUAGCUGUAGCCCUUUAUUGAAGGAGAAUCUAGUGACCCUCAAAUGUAUCAAACCAUAUCAAACAGGGAUUUGACAAAACUUUCUGCAGUGUACACUGGUUACUAUUAGUAUCACGGAAGAUAUAACGUACCUUACAUAUUAUGCACCAUGGAUCUACUUCCCUCCGAUUUGUUUUGGGGAGAACGCACUGCUUUUGUUACAAUGACAUGGUCAAGAGGCUCUGUACUGUAGUGCUAUAUAUAGUUCUUUGUUGUUUUGUAACAGAUCAAAGUACUGAUCACUGAUAUGUCAGCUGUUGGUGUCCAGGGCGUAGUAUAGAUGUAGCAUGUUCAAAGUCCAAAGUAUAGAAUCAAUGGACUUCUGCCUUCCCCAUUUUAUUAAAUUUAUGUGUAGUGGAGUGAUUUAUCAAAAAAUGUCGUGCUGUUUCAUGAUGCAGGUAUGAAUGUUGACAUUUUGAUUUUGAAAAUUUUUGGUCGAUUUUGUAGUUUUUGAAUACUGUUGUCUAUUGUCAGGACUAUGACUGUGAGUCUGUCAACUGUCAGUGAACUCUUAGAAAAGAGUUUCUGGUAUUUGGCUUUGGAAGUGACCCAUUUGGGACUAUAAAAAUCGAUGGACUAGUAUAUUUUCAAGUCAGAUCAUAAAGGCUACUUGGUUUACCUAUUGAGAUUGAGAUUUUCUCUUCCAUUCCCCCCCCCCCCCCCCCCCCCCCAGCCUAAGCCUUCAAGAAAUGCUUGAGCACAGAAAGGUAGAAAGGUAAAGGUCCUGCUCAGGUUGAUCAGGUUAAAACUUGCAAGAGUUGAAGCCUUGUCUUGUGUUUCUAGGCACAACUGUUGCAUCUGUUGAGUUCUUUACUUCGGUCACUUUACUUUUCUGAUCAAUAUAUGUCUAUUAUCAUUUGUUAUUGAAAUUUAUCCAGUUGCCAAAUUUUAGCUCUGUGGUGAACUGAAGCAAAAUUGGAAUUAUGUCAGUUUUAUUUUUCUAAAAUUUUUAUGCUGUGACUUUCAAUUUCAAUUAAUAAAAAUUUCUUCACGCCUUAUUGUUAUAACCCAUUGGGAUUAAUCUGGCCCGCAAAAUCGACAGGUCUCAUUAACUUAUGGUGCUAGACAACAGUGAUGUUGGAGGCUCACCUCUGAUAUUAUUUUGUCUCUAACAGAAGAAAAGCCGGGUUUUUUCAUCAGUGGUGGAAGAAAAAGGAAGUUAUCGUUGGAUGUGAAAGAUAUGCAGUGUGUGCUUGUGUGUACGUACCCAAGGAGAGGAGAUUGUGCCCAUAAAAGUCUUUGGAGGAAACUCAGAACUCUGGUGCUGAUGACCGAGAUUCGAGUCCAAAAUGGGGUGUUCUUGAUUUUGGGCAAUUCUGGAGUUUUCUGAUUUCUCCACCUAUUUGGCUUGGUCCUAUGGGAGAUGGAGUUCAAUUCGGAGGUCUGGCCUCUUGAUUAAUCUUAAUGCUCAAAGGGGCAUUACACCAUUCAAUCGCCAAUUUAACUCGGUAUUUCAAUUGGCAUAAUGUCUGGCCAUUGGCCAAUAUGGAGGACUGUGGGACGGAAAGAUCUGUCUGUAGUAGUCUCACAUUUGCUAAAUUUAUCAAGGGGAAAUAAUAAGUGAGGUCCGCUCUGAUUUUCGUGCAAGACGUACAGUACUCCUGUGGCGUUGUAAAAAGUGCUUCAUUUCAUCAGCUUUUUUCUUUUGUUGUUGUUGCUUUCAGUUGCAUAUAUAUGCAGACAUGCUAGAAAUGUUUCAUCAUAAGAGUUUUUUGUUGAGGAUUGUCUGAUUUAUUGGCUCUGCACAGCUAUUUUUUAUAUGGUGCUCUUGUGACAAUAGAGAAGUGUAGUAUGGUAAACACUAAGAGAUACUAAAAGAAACCUUUGAAAUAUUGUUAUUGUCGGAUUUCACAUAUAAUCAGUAUUUUCCAGCAGUGUUCCUUUGCAGAACUGAUCAAAAUGAAAAGGAGUUGGCAAAUUAUUUUGAUUAUUGAGUAUGAUGUUUUGUUUUUGUUUCAAUUUUGAUUCUACAGAAUAACAAGAGUGAAGAAGAAAUGAAGAAUAAUCAUGUGAAUCUGUCAUUUAUUGGAGAUGUUCUCUUUUUGUAACAGUGACAAUAAACAUUUGACUAUGUGCACUGUGA